AUGGCUCGAGCUAAUCGCUUUCUUCGCCAAUCUUCUGCAGCCGAAACAAGGAAGUUAGUAGAAACUGAUAUAUUCCCAAAUGAAGUAAACUACCUCAUGAAGAUCUCCGUUGGUACUCCACCUGUAGAGAGAUGGGCAACAAUAGACACAGGAAGCGACCUCAUUUGGUUCCAAUGCUCACCUUGUCCACAGUGCAACCCUCAAAACGCACCGUUCUUGGAUCAAAAAAGUUCUUCCACUUACGUGCCUCUGCCAUGUACCUCAACCCCUUGUGCAGCUCUACCCCAUUACUAUGAUGCCAACGAAUCUAUUAGUUUUGGAGCAAGCGAUGGUGGGCAAGCUGUUUCAUUUCCUAACACGGUGUUUGGAUGUGGACACAAUAACAAUGGAACUUAUGGAAGCUCCGACACAGGACUUGUCGGGCUCGCUCAAGGUUCUUUGUCCUUAGUUUCACAAAUGGGGAGUGUCGGUCGCAAAUUCUCGUACUGUUUGCCACCUGUCGACCAUCAGUCCACAAGUAAACUAAGAUUCGGGGAAGCAGCCACCAUAUCAGGAAAAGGGGUUGUGUCCACUCCCUUGAUCACCAGAUCUGAUAUGAGCUUUUACUUCCUCAAUCUUGAAGGUAUCACCGUCGGAGAACAAACAGUGCGGUUGACAAGUCAAAGCGAUGGAAACAUAUUCAUCGAUUCUGGGACGACAUUGACAAUGCUUCCACCAAGCAUUUAUGACCAGGUUGAUUCUUUGGUAAAGCAAGCCAUUGGAGCUGACCAAUUCAUAGUACAAAUCAAUCACUACAACUUGUGCUACUCAAAUGCUAAGUCCAUCCAGAAUUUUCCAAAUUUUGUGGUUCAUUUUACAGGAGCUGACCUUUCCUUAAAUUCUCAGAACUUUUUUCGUUUCAUAUCCAACGAUGUUAUGUGCUUCACAAUGGUUUCCACAAAAUCAGACGGAUUACCCACUUACGGAAAUGUUGCUCAGAUUGAUUUUGAAGUCAAGUACGAUCUUGAUCAGAAAAAAGUUUCUUUUUCUCCUGUUGACUGUACUAAACAGUAG